GUCCUGUUUUGUGAAGACCCUCCAACGGCUUUUCCAAUGGAAUUUAAAUUAAGAAUCAUAAAUGCUAAUGAAUAGAACAGAAAUUGAUCUUUCGUUUUUGGAAAUCAAUGGCGGGUAUUUUUGUUCUUCAAUUGAUCUUUCGUUUCGUCUCUAAUGAUUUAGAGAAAUAAUUUGAGUUCCCUUUUGAAUUUUGACUUAUGUAUCGCUAUGGGCGAGGCGUUCGCUUUCUUAGUUCAGCUUCAACAGCUAAAAGGAUCAACUGGGAUCCAGCUGUUGACCUUAAACUCGAUCACCCAUCUCUUAUUUUGCUUGAAAAAUGCAAUUCAAGAACCCAAUUCAAGCAGAUUUUAGGGCAUAUGAUGAGAAACAAUUUGGUGGGUCAAACAUUUCCUAUGAGUAGGCUUCUCUUUUUCUCUGCUGUUUCACAUCCUGAGAAUCUGGAAUUGGCUAUUCUGUUGUUUAAUCACUUUACUCCUUAUCCAAAUCUUUAUAUAUUCAAUACAAUGAUCUUAGGGUUUUCAUUUUCAAAUGAGAAGGCCUUUUCCAUUUAUAGUUCUAUGCUCCAAAAUGGUACUUACCCAGGUAGGCAAACAUUUCUUUACCUUCUUCAGACUACAAAAUCUGUUGCUGAAGUGAAACAGGUUCAUUGUCAUGCUUUGGUUUUUGGUUUGCUAUCAAAGGAAGAAUACUUGCAAAACUCACUGAUCAAGAGGUAUAUAGACAAUGGAUGUUUUGAAUGUGCUCGCCAGUUGUUCGACAAAAUGUCGGAACCCAACGUUGUUGCUUACAAUACUAUGAUUGUUGGAUUAGCUAACGUGGGAAACAUUUUGGGAGUUUUGAAGUUAUUCCAUGAUAUGAGGUCUCAUGGUCUUGAGCCUGAUGAUUUCACCAUGGUAGGCCUUCUCUUGUUGUGUGGGCAGUUGGGUGAGACAAAGUUGGGAAAAUCUGUUCAUGCACAGAUUGAGAAGUCCAUUGGUUCUUCGAAUUUGAUAUUGUAUAAUGCCCUUUUGGAUAUGUAUGUGAAGUGCAAUGAAUUGAAGCUUGCUCGAAAAGUUUUUGAUGGGCCAAUGGAGAAGGACACGGUGUCUUGGAAUACAAUAAUUGCAGGAUAUGCCAAGGUAGGUGAAUUGGAACUUGCUUGUGACCUUUUUAAUCAGAUUCCUACAAGAGAUAUUGUCUCCUGGAACUCUUUGAUUUCUGGCUAUGCACAGAAUGGUGAUUAUGUGACAGUCAAAUGUUUGUUUACCCGUAUGUUUGCCGAGAAUGUUAAACCCGACAUGGUAACAAUCAUUAACUUGAUCUCUGCAGUAGCAGAAAUGGGAGCUUUAGAUCAGGGGAGAUGGAUCCAUGGAUUGGCAGUGAAAAUGCUGACAAAAAUAGAGGCAUUUUCAGGCUCGGCAUUGAUUGACAUGUACUGCAAGUGCGGAAGCAUUGAAAGAGCUUUCGUUAUUUUCAAUCAGAUUCCUGAGAAAGAUGUCACAACAUGGACAACAAUGAUCACUGGGUUUGCCUUUCAUGGAUGUGGAAACAAAGCUCUAGAACUAUUCUCAGUUAUGCAGACCGAAACAAAGCCUAACGAUGUGACUCUUGUUUCAGUUCUUGCAGCAUGUAGCCACAGUGGCUUAGUUGAUGAAGGACUCAAAAUAUUUAGCAGCAUGAAGAAAAGAUACACUAUCGAACCAGGAGUCGAACAUUAUGGAUGUUUGGUCGAUCUGUUGUGUCGGUCAGGUAGGUUGUUGGAUGCCAUUGGUGUGAUAGAAAAGAUGCCUAUGGAACCCAGUCGGUCUAUUUGGGGUGCAGUAUUGAGUGCAUGUAGGAUGCACAGAAAUAUGGAACUAGCAGAGAGAGCUUUGAUGGAGCUGCUCAAGUUAGAGCCCGAAAAAGAGGGCGGAUACAUUUUGUUAUCUAACGUGUAUGCGACAUGUGGGAGGUGGAGCUAUUCGGACAGUAUCAGAGAAGUGAUGAACAGCAGGGGAGUGAAAAAGAUUGCAGGCUGUAGUAGUGUGGCGGUGGAUGGUAUGGUUCAUGAUUUCACAGCUUCAAAUAAACAGCAUCCAAGAUGGAUGGACAUUUGCUCUAUUUUAAGCUUUUUAACAAGUGAAAUGAGGUUGGAAGCUAAUAUUCCAUCAAAAGCACACUUGGCUACAACUUGAGGUAUGUCAAAAGGUUUCAAUAGCUUGUUUUGAAUAUCGAUCUCGGCUUGAACCCAUUCCUUGAGGCAGUGAAGUAGUUGUAGUUGCUAUAAGAACUAUGACUCUUUACUAUUACAGCACCCCAUGCCUUCAUCUUUACUUUCCAUGCACAACCAACCUCGAAGUCAAUUUUUGAAAGAAAGUUCAUUCAUGGUUAGUGCUCCAUAAACCCACACUUUUUAAAGGUUUUUUGCACCUGGCGUCACAAUCGUACUUUACACCGUAGAAAGAUCAUGAGUCGCUACACAAUCUUUUAUGGUUAAUCCACAAGGAAGGUUAUAACUUAUAAGGAUGAUUAUUGUUGCAAGAAGUGAGGGUAGCCUUCUCAAUCUUUAAAGUUCCAAGCAUAAAAUGUGUUUCUCAUCCAUAUUAGUUCAGUGAAAAGAAACUUUGCACUUGGAUCAAGUGUGAAUCUAACUCGUUGAAUUUAAAUAGAAAUAUGGGUGUAUAUUCUCAACUGUUGGAAUACAUGUUUGAUUGAAACUGAGAGAUCAAAUGUCAUUGCUUCCUUUGAAUCAGAUAUGAACUUAGAGAUUUAUUUACCAA